CUUCCUUAAUAAUCUCAGUGCAGCACCCACUGAGGAGCGGGAUAGCAACAUCAUGGGCAGAUUCGAAUGCCACAACGCCGAGUGCAGCUCAUCGGGAUGGGCGAGCAAGAUGAUUCCCAUCACUAUUCAGAUGUAUCCGUCGCGACGAUACAACGCCAUAGUCUAUCACCAACGGUGUCAAAAGUGCGAAUCCCUCAGCCGGCCGAUCCUGGACGACUCCUACGGCGAGAGGGUCGCCUACUGGCUCAAGAAGUGGUCUGGCGUCCGGGUGCAGGCCCCUCAACACUCUCAGAGGAAAAACGACAAGCCUCAUCGGAGCAACCUGUGUGAGGGCUGUAAGGCAGGGCACUGUAAAAAUGGCGACUGGAACGACUAGGAUCUCUAGAGUUGUAACAAGGGCUCGUUCAAAGGGCUUGCAAACUGGCGAAUAGCUUCAAUUUGCAGAUAAUCUUUCAAGGCCCUCAAGAGCGGGAGGGGUAUGAAUAGGCCGUCAGGGUGGCCCGUGCCCCUUUUGUACGGGGGUCGUUAGGCACGUAUGGGUCACGUGCUCCCAUUGGGCGCCUCCGUGUGGCAAGGGUAUUUUUGCUUGGGACGACAAGAACGUCAAUACAACCAUUGUUGCUCCUG